CUACAUCAUAUAAAUAUGCGUCAAAUCAAAUAUAUAUGACAAAUUUCAUUGUAAUAAAUUGGUGGUAUUUUAUGUAUUUCUUACAAUUUUAAUAUGGAACUAAAAAACCUAAAUUUAGUGUUACUUAUCGUGCUAACUAUUCCAGCCAGUGAAGCUAAAAGAGUAAAGCGUAUAUCCUCGCCGGAAUUCUAUGGAGCCUACACCGAGGAGUUGGCCAAAUAUGUGGUCUCCAUACGAUCAAGGACCCCACAGACCUUCUUUGGCGAUAAUCACUAUUGUUGUGGUGGACUUAUAUCAACGCGAUGGGUUCUCACAGCCGCCCAUUGUGUGAUGGAUCAAGUCAAGGUCAUGUAUAUGCCAAGAAUGCUGCUGGUGGUUUCCGGAACUCCACAACGUUUGCGAUAUGUGAAUGGAAAAACAAUAUGUUCGCCGGUAAAAUCAGUAUAUGUGCCCAAGGAGUUUAUUACGCACAAUAUCAUGAACAUGGCAUUGAUACAUUUGAUGAGUUCACUGCCCACGGAUAAUCCAAGAAUUGGUUUCCUUCUACUGCCACUAAAACCGCCCAUAUAUGGGGCCACCUACUCGAUAUUGGGAUGGGGAAGAUUGUAUAUGGAUGGCCCCCUGGCAUCAGAGAUCGUUCAGCUGGAUGUAACUCUAAUGGACAUGCAAAGUUGUCUGAUGUACUUCAAGUAUUUUCGCUCGGGAAUGCUUUGUGCCGGCAAAGAUAAUUUAACCAUGGAUGCGGAUCCUUGUCCAGGUGAUAUUGGUUCUCCUCUUAUAAGGGAUCAGGUGAUGUUUGGCCUUGUGGCCUAUCCCCUGGGCUGUGGCUCUGAUGUUCUGCCCUCUGUUUACACGGAUGUUUAUGUUGGUCUCAAGUGGAUUAUGAAAACAAUCAAAGCCUCAUCGAAGGUCAAACUGAGACCAAUUUUUGUCCUGGUUAUGUCCUUGUUGGUUAUGAUGCUGGUUCUCUAAGUCUAUAGUGCUAUACAUUUUCGGAAAACUAAAAUGACAAAGUGUAACUAUAUGUUUGUAAUAAUUAGGACUCCAUUUUGGUAUAUUUAAAACUCUCACGACUCUUAGAACUUGAUGUAAUUUUAACCGAAAAUAAUAAGAAAUUCCCUUAAU